AUAUUGUUGAAUAUUUUCUCAGCUGAUUUUAAUAUAAUUUUUGCUCCAUUGUCCCUAACAUGGGUGGUGGUUGCCUUGAUUGGUUGAGACGAACUGUGCAUGAGAAAUGAUAGAUAAAUCCAUCUCCAUAUAUUGAAUUCCCUUGUCGCUUGCCGCUAACGAUCGAAUGGGAGCUUGUUUACGUUCAAACCUCGAUAGUGUUUAGCGCCAGCUUCUUACAAUCACAGCCGCCCCAAUAGCCCUCAAUAUCUCUGGCUAUUCAGGUGGAUCUCAGGUGUUCCACCAGUAUGUAUAGUACGUUGUCUCUCGUAAACUUAUUAGAUACAUGCCGUGGUUCAGUGCAAGUGGUGCGGUUUGCUUUCGAGUUUGAUGUGAAAACAAGAGUUUUGUGACGGCUUGCGUUGUAGUGCUUUACUCGACCUAGAGGAACUAGACUCACAUCAACCGCUUUCUGCUUAUCAAUACGCGGAAGUAGAUACAUCAGAACGGAGAGACUAAAUGAUUUUAUUUGUUGUAAUUUGUUUUGUGUGUUCUUUGUACUAACGAGCAUAAUGCACUAACUUGGAGCGCAGUUUAAUAGAUACAUUCCGAAAGAUAAUAGGUUUAGAGUGUUGUAAAAUUGUUUCAUGACGAACUUUCACUUCAUACGAAAAAUCUUACGACAUAUCAUUCCGGGAGCAAGCCGUCUACGACGUGUAGAAAUGGAUAAAAAAUUUGUUAAUGUUUUAAUAUUGGGCUUCGGCUUCAUGUUUUUGUUUACAUCCUUUCAGACAAUGGGGAAUAUAGAGAAAACUGUACUGGACAGUAUUCACUAUGACGAUCCUAGCUUCACCGGCGAUGGAUACACCAGCCUUGCAAUCAUUUAUGCCGUGUUUGCAUUAAUUGGGUGGCUUGCGCCGUCUGUUCUCGCCUACACCGGGCCCCGAGGUGCCAUGUUAAUUGGUGGUUCCACUUAUUGUUUGUUCAUGGUAUCAUUCUUAUGGCCGCGCAAUUGGCUUUUAUACCUGGCAAGUGCAAUUCUAGGUUUAGGUGCGUCAAUUACAUGGACUGGACAAGGGACAUUUUUAUCACGCUGCAGUGAUACAUCGACAAUAUCCAGAAAUUCUGGAGUAUUUUGGGCCAUGCUCCAAGCGAGUAUGUUCUUCGGAAAUUUAUUUGUCUAUUACCAGUUUCAAGAUAAAGAUCAUAUUGAUCAAUCUACCAGAACGUUGGUUUUUGCUGUCUUAAUAGCUGUUGCCUGUUUGGGUCUUAUAUUCCUUGCCAGUUUACGAUCUAUACAGGAUAUUCGUCCCGUUACUGAUUCAGAAAUUGAGGAAGCCAAAAGUGGCAUUGAAAAUGCUUUAAUCGCGUUUAAGCAGGCAAUUAGGUUAUUUAUAACCCGUGAUAUGCUUAUAUUGAGUGUGGCGUUUUUCUAUACAGGUCUGGAGCUCUCCUUUUACAGUGGUGUUUAUGGUCCAUCUAUUGGCUUUACGUUAGCUAUUAGCGAGACUCCAAAACAAAUUGUUGGAUUAGCCGGAAUAUGCAUAGGGGCUGGUGAAGUUAUUGGAGGAGUAGGAUUCGGUCUCCUUGGCUCUAAGACGAACCGUUUUGGUCGCGACCCAAUAGUCAUUACAGGGUUUAUUAUUCAUGUUAUAGCAUUUUUCCUGAUAUUCAUCAACUUGCCAAAUUCAGCACCAUUCGGGGAUACACACGAUAUUGCCUACUUGAAUCCUCCAAAACCUUGGAUUGCAUUAUUGUGCGCAUUUAUGCUUGGUUUUGGAGAUGCGUGUUAUAAUACACAAAUAUAUUCAAUGCUAGGCGGUGUCUAUGCAAAACAUUCCAUCCCAGCUUUCGCUCUCUUCAAAUUUGUACAGUCCUUAGCUGCCGCAGCCGGAUUUUUCUAUUCAUCACAUUUAGGACUACGUGCACAGAUGGGAAUAUUGAUUGCGUUUGGAACAAUCGGGACUGCAUGCUUUUGUAUUGUAGAAUGGAAGGCAAAGAGGAGAGAAAAAUUGGGAAAAUCCACCGAUUCAAAACUCUCUUGUGAUAAUUCGUAGGAUGGAUCGAUGAACUGCGAUAACUAGAAUAAAAAUUUUUUCCACUUGUUGCCUAAUAACUACUUUAGUGUAGAGUAUUUUAUAUGUAUAUAAUCGAAUUGUAUAAAAUUAAAAAGAAAAAGGAUAUAUGAAGUAAAA